AUGGAGGAGAGCUCUAAAGCAUAUGUUCACUCCAUCUCGGGAGCCGGCCGACUUCUCCCUUCGGCGGGCCGCUGGAAUUCUAUAGAAGUCGACUUCGGCUUGAUUCCAACUUCAUCAUACUCCAAGGAAGCCUCCCCCUUGAUGUACACCAAAUCCUAUGAUUUUAGGCUCAGCGUACAGGACAAGUCUCACCUCAAGCGCUUCAUCUAUAUCGUCAUCUCUUUGAUCCUCGUCGCUGCCGCAGCAGCUCUGUUGACAGCUUUGUUAACUCGUAAACAUGCUGGUGGUGGCUCCUUGAGCGGUCUUCCUCUCGCUCUGGACAAUGCUCUUCUGUUCUUCGAUGCUCAGAAAUCUGGGUUUCUUCCGAAGAGCAAUCCCGUGAAGUUUCGGGGUAAUUCCGGUCUGCAUGAUGGUGAAUGGAAACAAGACAAUACUAGUCUAGUUGGAGGAUUCUAUGAUUCUGGGAACAACAUCAAGUUCAGCUUCACUACAGCAUACACCAUCACUCUGCUAAGUUGGACUGUGAUUGAGUACAGUCACAAGUACGCCGCGAUCGGUCAGCUCGAACAUGUAAUGGACAUCAUCAAGUGGGGAAGCGAUUAUUUGCUCGAACUGCUCAUCACAUCCACCUCCAGCUCUGAACCAGAAUCUCUGUUCUCUCAGGAAAGAGGUGCAAAUGAUGAUGAUAAAGUUGAUAAUGACAUCGCGUGCUGGCAAAGGCCUGAAGACAUGACAUAUCCAAGACCCGUGUUCAAAUGUAAAAGCUCGACCUCGGAUCUAGCAGGGGAAAUCAUUGCAGCACUUGCCGCAGCAUCUCUAGUUUUUGAUCAAGAGGAUUCCAACUACUCCACACGACUAGCUCAAACCUCUCAAACACUAUAUGAGUUCGCUACCAAGAAUCACAUCAAAGGGACCUACAGUGAAGACAAAGAUUGUGGAGUGCAAGCAGCCAACUUGUACAACUCUUCCAGCUACAAGGACGAGCUGGUCUGGGGAGCCACAUGGUUAUUUCUUGCCACCGGAAACUUUACGUACCUAUCGUAUGCGACCGAGAAUUUUGAGGCGGCGGUGGAGGAAGCGUUACCAUCUGAUUCCGGGGUUUUCUACUGGAACAACAAAGUUGCAGCCAAUGCAGUUUUGUUAACCAGGUUGAGAUAUCUUCGUGACCCCGGCAAUCCUUAUGAGCCAACGCUAAAGACUUGCUCAGAUAUGGCUAAUAUGAUCAUAUGCUCGUAUCUUUCUACGCCCAACAAGUUCAGCAUGACACCAGGUGGCUUGAUCAUCCUGCAGCCUAAUAAAAGUGCACCACUCCAUUUCGCAGCAACUGCUGCCUUCCUCAGUAAAAUCUACGGUGACUAUCUUAACAUCAUUAACAUCCCAGGUGCAAGCUGUGGUUCUGAAUUUUUCUCCCGGGAAAGGCUGCAGAACUUUGCUAGAUCACAGGUGAACUACAUGCUGGGUGACAACCCUAUGAAGAUGAGCUAUUUGGUUGGAUUUGGAGACCACUUCCCAGAACAUGUCCACCAUAGAGCUGCGUCGAUCCCUUGGGAUGGCCAUAACUACAGUUGCUCCCAGGGCAAACGAUGGAGAGACGCCAAGGAAUCCAACCCAAAUGUCUUGCUUGGGGCCGUGGUGGCUGGUCCAGAUGAGGAUGAAGGCUUCCUGGAUAUAAGGAACAGGCCAGAAUACACUGAACCCACCAUCGCAGGCAACGCUGGUGUAGUUGCAGCUCUCGUUGCGCUCGUUGAUGAACCGAUCACUCCAAGGACGAAUGGAGUAAUCGGCGGCAUGGAUCGAGACAAGAUCUUUUCUAAGAUUAAUUCUUAG